AUGUGUAAAAUUUACUGCAUAGAAGAAAAACUAUUGAACUUUGCUCCUGUAAUUAAUUGCAGAGAAUAGAAUACAAACACAAAUUUUAAUGACGAGUUUUCGAUUUUCGUAGUUUUAACUUCCAGCGAGGUAAUUCUCCCUCGCCUUUUACACUCCUGUUGAAUGAGGAAAAAGGUGCUGAGGAACUGAACAUUGACAAGUUAUUGAACUACCUCAACUACCCCACCCCAUCCCAACAGAACCCUUUUUCGUUUCGUCAAAAGCUCAAUUACCAACACCGAACUAGAAACUAGAGAGCAAACUUUACGAGCCUUCAUUUGGUUUCUAGCUUGAUCUAUCAACUCCUUUGAGGUCGGCGACUAUUGGUUGAAGUAAUGGCAAACAAGAAUUGUCUGAUAAUUUGUCACGCUACUGACCCGCUAAGACGCAGUUCUAUCGGCACUUUCUCCUGUUCUCAUUUUGUGUUCUAAUUUUCUGCAUUACCACGCUGUAACAUUGACACAUUGGGUUCUGAUUCCAGUUGUCUUGACAGGUCCGAACCAUAAGUGCUGCGUGGAGCAACGUUAUACCUUGAUAUCCACCUUGCUCCGAAUUUCUCGGGAUCUACUACCGCAAUUACCAUUACUCCUGCCUAGCCUUGUAGCUCAGUCGGCAGAGAAAUGUUGAUCUAAUCUGGAGGUCGAGUGUUCGAAUCCCGCUGGGGUCAAACAAUUUUCAAGACUUGCUAUCUCACUGCGGACUCUUCGUUAGAUAAGGACAUUUGCCAGCCUGGAAUAAAUUAAGGAAAUGCUCACAGCCUAUUCUCAUUGAGAAAUUGUUGAGCCAAAAUCGAAACCUGAUGGUUAGCUUGCUUAGGAUGUUACAUGUAAAAUCUCCUGAUUCGACAACCUCGUGCCCAGGGUCGGUAUGAUGAGAAACCCUGGGAACGACGCGCGCUACGUAAUACCGAAAAAACCGAAAGAGUCUGGGCUCCAAUAUGAUAUCCCAUCAUUCUUUGGCGUCUCUGGAUUUUCAAGAUGGCGACUGUUGAUGCUUUGUGAUCGUAAACUUUCCCGUCAAGUCUGUGCACAUGUAGCUUCUGAAAAGGAUGCUCCGUUACUAUCAGAAGGCGCUGAAGGAGUUAGAGAAAAGCGAUGACAAGCAUGAAGCCGUGGGCGAGGUCGAAGAGCCUCAUUAUGAGCAAGUUGUCAAUGGCCAAACUUCGGUAAAUAACAGAAAGCGAAAGAAAUCUGAGCAACAGGAAAGCUCUGAUACUCAUGUAGCGAAAAGAGACAGCGAGAUAAAGAAAGAGAAGAAGAGGAAGAAAUCAAAGGAGGAUUGGACAGUAAUAGAAGCAGUGACUAGACAUGAUGAUGUGGAUGCGAAUGAAGUCAGGAAAAGAGAGAAAAAGAAGAAGAAGAAGAAGAAGAAAAAGAAGAAAAAACGUGUGGAAAGUGACUUUGAUGCAGGGAACUCAAGUGGUCGAGAACGUUUCUCAACGCAGUUUAAUGAGUCAAGAAUUGAUCCACCAAUCGUGUCAAAUGAUAAAGAGAAAAACAGGAAAAGGAAAAGGGAAUGUCUGACUAAAUUUUCGGAAGUGACUGUCAAAAAAGGUAAACACAGUGCAAAAAAAUCAAAAUCUCAAAAUCGUAAAGACAGAGAAACACGUGAUGAGCUGCAGGAAAGUAUUUUUUCCUGUGAUGGAGGAAUAGAAAAUUUACAUGCUUCAAAUUCUUUGGAAUCAAUCAAUUUGAUUCCAACAACAAAUACAUUUAGUUUUGAAACAUCUCCUAGAGGUUCCCCCCAGUCAAGCACCCAUGUUUCCAAGAAGUCAUCACAAUCUGGGAAAGAAUCAGCUAAAGAGAGCCAAAAGCUGGAGAUGAGAAAGAAAAGGACUAAAGAUCUGAAAUCAACCAAACCUGCAAGUACAGAUAAUAUUUUGAACAGUAAUGAUAAUGGAACUGUUGUUGUGAGGGAAAGAGCUGAGCCAACACUAAAAAUGGAUGAAACAAAGCUGAGGGAAGCAGUUAAGAUUUCUAAUAAAAUUCAUGAAACAUGGACACUUUCUAAAGAGAGGUUACAAGCAUUAGCUGAGGAAGGAAUCAGAGUAAAGAAAGGAAAGUGGUCUAAUCUGGAGCAUGAUUUGUUAAAAUUCAAUAUGGCUCUUUUUCUAGAGCGUUACAAUCUGUCAGACCCCGAUCCACUUCUGUUUCAUUCAAGUAUGGAUGCAGUGGAAUGCAAGAAUUGGAAGCGCUUUGCUCGGGACAAUGAAUUUUUUAAAGAACUUGGAAAAGGAAUUCAUAGGGAAUUGUUCUCAAUCUACAAAUGUGCAACAAGAAUUUAUGACAAGACCAAUUAUGUUGGAAAGUACACUGAGGACGAGAUCAAAGAGCUGAAAAGGCUGCAUUCAAUACAUGGCACAGAUUGGGUUACUAUUGGCCAGUUGAUGGACAGAAGUCGUAUGUCUGUAAACCGCAAACUUUCAAAACUACCUCCCAAAGGUGGUAAACUGAAACAGGAAGGAAAAUGGACAGAUGAUGAGUUCAAGCGACUUUAUGAAGCUGUUCAUUUUGUAACCAAUACUGCUGAGGGGGAGUCUGUUUUUCAUGGUAUUGACUGGCAAGGUGUGGCACAAAUGGUCAAGACCAGGAGUGCACACAUGUGCAGACAAAAAUGGUUGAACAAGCUUUGUUGGAGCAUGUCNAUCUUCAACCUGGGACGUCCAGUGGUGAGAUAG